AUUCCCAGGGCUCGAUCCAAACACACUUCUACUACACAGAUCAUAUAGUAAGAAAGUUUAAUAAAAAAUGUCAGGAAUUAUUCACAAGAUCGAGGAGAAGCUCCACGUCGGAGGCCACAAGGAGGAGAAGAAGCACCACGACAAGGCCGAAGGCCACCACGGCGGCGAACACAAGGAGGAGAAGAAGCACCACGGCGGCGAACACAAGGCGGAUCACAAGGAAGGGUUGGUGGAGAAGAUCAAGGACAAGAUCCACGGCGGAGGCGGCGACCACCACGACAAGGACGAGAAGAAGAAGAAAAAGGAGAAGAAGAAGAAGGAGAAGCACGGCCACGGGCACCACCAUGAAAGCAGCAGCGACAGCGAUUAGACCGCCGUUGGUGAGUUUCCGGUGACGAAGUGGCAUGGAUUCCGAUGAGAUUGACGGAGUAACAAUUAAAUAAAUAAGUCAAACGAGUGGGCAUUUGUUGCAUUGUUUAGUAAUUAUUACGUCGUGUAUGGAUACUUGUGUGUUCGGUGUUCCCUUUUAACAUCAGUUGAAUAAAAAUGCUUAACUUUGAUUCUGAA